AUACACUGAAAAUUUCACGUGUUCUCCCUUCUGCGACUUUCCACAUCUCACAUUGAUCCCUUCAUGACUGCAAUUUUGCUAUUUUUGUUCUGUUAUCUGCAGAAAAAAGAAAAGAAUUUAUAAGGGGUCUCUCUGCAAAAUCUUUUAAAGCCCUUAUCCAUUUCUUUUUUUUUUUUUUGGAAAACUGUGUCAGUUAGGCCGUUGCUCGUUAUAUAUACAGAAAUAUUUUCAGCGAUUAUAGUUUUGCAAAAUUAUAUAUGGAGAAAGCAAAGCAAGUAUUUGGUUCAUCUUCUUCCUCUUCUUCCUUUACCAACGAUCUGUUUGGUCCCAAAGAGCCGACAAAAUCGUCGCUCUUUGGUUCCGUUUUUGGCCCUCAUUCCACGGGACUAGUUGGAAAGGAUUCCAUUCACUCUGGACUUAGAGGUUUAUCAAGAGUCCAAGAUCCAGGAAACCAGUCAUUUGGCAAUGCAAAAUAUGGAACUUCAGAAAAUGGGUCUCAAAGAAGCAGGGGAGACAUCAAGAAUUCCAUGUAUCAGAAUGAAACAACAGAACCAUGCCAUUUGAGCUCAUCUAUAUACUAUGGUGGUCAAGAUGUUUAUUAUCCAACUACUCAGACAUCUGGCUACCAGAAUACUUUGAAGAAAAAUGGAGAAGAUGAUGAUCAAAAUGCAAACAAUUCAAACUGUGCUUCAAGAGGAAAUUGGUGGCAAGGAUCACUGUACUAUUGAGGUCUUGCAUUUUUCCAUGCAAAUCUCAUCACUUUAAAAAAAAAAAGUUAGGAGAUCAAAGAAGGAAAUCAUCACCUACAAGGAGUGGUAGAUCUUACAACAUUUGAUCAUCAGCCCCUUUGUUUCUUUUUCUUGAAGGUGCGGUCCUUCCCGGACCUUACAUGAAUGUGAGAUAUUUCGUGUAUCGAGUUGCCUUUUUUUAUGGUAGUAGACAACUUGUAAAUGGGUUCAUGAGUUCAAUAGGACCCACUAUUUCAGUGUUACGUUGAACCAUAUAUAUGAAUUCCGCAUAUAAGUAUAAAUAUA